AUGGACACAUAUGAAGAGGCAAACUAUAUACAGGAGGACGGUCAAGUACCAAGAUAUGAUGACGAGCAACCCAGUCUCGAAAAUUCAACAGAUAUUCCUCCUCAUAUAAGCAACCCUCAAGGGUUUGAAGAGUCGCUACAUCACCAACACCAACAAUUUGAAGGCAACGAAGCUCAGGUAAACCAAGAAGAAGAGGCGGAACAAUAUGAGGGGGACGAGGAAAUCAUACCCUCACACCAAACAAUAGUUGACGAGUCUGAACUACUUGCCGCCCAAGCUGCCGCUGAAGCUGCUGCUGCCGCCCAACAACAAGAGCCCGGUGACGUAUUCAACAACGUAGGCCAAGGGUUAGAGGGCCCGCAUCGUGACAUGAUGAUGCAGUACUGGCAGGAGACUAUAAACUCUAUCGAGCAUGACGAACACGAUUUCAAGAACCAUCAGUUACCGUUGGCAAGAAUCAAGAAAGUGAUGAAGACGGAUGAAGAUGUCCGGAUGAUUAGUGCUGAAGCGCCAAUUCUAUUUGCGAAAGGAUGUGAUGUUUUCAUCACGGAGUUGACAAUGAGGGCUUGGAUCCAUGCUGAAGAGAACAAGAGGAGGACUUUGCAGAAAUCGGAUAUUGCUGCUGCUUUGACCAAGAGUGAUAUGUUUGAUUUUUUGAUUGAUGUUGUGCCUAGAGAAGAGGAGAAACCGUCAAAGUAG